AUGUAUAACCAAGAUGAAUUUAUCAAUCGGUUUCGUUUGCCCAAAGAAGCCAUCCUUAGGCUGACCGAUGACUUGUCAGACUCACUGGGGCCUACAACAGCAAGGAGUCACAGCAUUCCAGCUCUGCUACAGGUUUGCACUGCAGUAAGAUUUUAUGCAACAGGCAGUUUUUUAAAUACUGUUGGUGAUACUCUGGGUUUAAGCAAAGCCUGAGUGGUGCACAGGGUGUCAAGUACCCUCUCAGAUAAGCUUCCAAAAUUCCCAACACAACCUGCAGAGUUGAACAGCAUUAAGAGGGGAUUCUUCAAUGUUGCAAGGUUCCCCAACGUAAUAGGGGCCAUUGACGGGACACAUGUCCGAAUCCAGGCACCAUCGGACCAUGAACAUUUGUUUGUGAACAGGAAGGGAUAUCACAGCCUCAACAUUCAAGCUGUUUGCGAUUCAAACCUAAAGUUUCUUAAUUGUGUGGCCCGCUGGCCUGGAUCGUGUCAUGAUUCGAGAGUCCUACAAAAUUCUCAGCUUUACCAGGCAUUCGAGGAUGGCAUUAUUGAUGGAAUCUUGUUGGGUGAUUCUGGAUACCCGCUGAAGCCAUGGCUCCUUACUUCCUUCUUGAAUCCUACCACACCAGCACAGAGGAAUUACAAUGCAGCUCACUGUUCUACUCAAAACACAGUUGAGAGGGCAUUUGGGGUUCUCAAAAGGCGGUUCCACUGUCUCCAUGGGGAACUGAGGAUGAUACCUCAGAGAGUGUGCAACAUUGUCUGUUCGGCUGUUGUUCUACACAACAUUGCAAGGUAGGCCUACCUAACCAAACAUAACAU